CUACUUAAAAUAGUCAAAAAGUUGUUGCAAAAUAUGCCCUACACCCCUACCCAACUUUUCUUUUCCGGGUUAGAGAGAGAGGAAAACUGAGAACAUCAAGCCGGAUCUAAGAACUCGCGGGUGAAUCCGUUUCACAUUUCUCCUCGCUUCUUCAAUUUAUGCUUUUAAAAUCCCCUCUUUCUCACCAAAAAAACACAAUCUCAAUUCUCCAUUAUACUUCGUUAAGUAUAAUUUGUUAGUCCCAUAUAAAUAGAGUCAACAACUAAACUAAACCCAUCAAAAUGAUGAUGUUUAUUUUUAUCAUAAUCCCAGCUUUAUACUCCAUUUUAUGGAAAUUCCCAUCAACUUUAAUCAAAGGUAGAAAAAACAAAAAAAAUGCAAUUGGGUUUUUUCAUCCAUACACUAACGAUGGAGGUGGAGGAGAGAGAGUGUUAUGGUGUGCAGUUAAAGCUAUUCAAGAUGAAAGAUCAGACCUUGAUUGCGUUAUUUACACGGGAGAUCAUGAUGCUUCACCUCAAUCUUUAAUGGCUCGUGCAAUUGAUCGUUUUGGGGUUCAUUUGGGUUCCCCACCUAAGGUGGUCCAUCUAAAAAGAAGGAAAUGGAUUGAAGAGACAACAUAUCCUCGCUUCACUAUGAUUGGUCAGAGUCUUGGUUCAGUCUACCUCUGUUGGGAAGCUCUGAGCAAGUUUACACCUUUAUUCUAUUGUGAUACCAGUGGCUAUGCUUUUACUUACCCACUAGCCAGGAUAUUUGGCUGCAAAGUUAUAUGCUAUACUCAUUAUCCAACCAUCAGUUCAGAUAUGGUCUCCCGGGUUCGUGAUAGAAGUGCUUUGUAUAACAAUGAUGCCUUGAUUGCCCGAAGUGUUUGGUUAUCACGGUGCAAGAUGAUAUAUUACUCAAUCUUCAGUUGGCUGUAUGGCCUUGUUGGUUCUUGUGCUCACUUGGUCAUGGUGAACUCAUCCUGGACUCAAUCUCAUAUUGUGAAGCUUUGGCGAAUCCCUGAGCGUAUAAGGAAAGUCUAUCCGCCUUGUGAUACUUCAGGCCUGCAGGCUCUGCCGCUGGAGAGAUCCACUAGUACACCAGUUAUUAUAUCAGUGGCCCAAUUUCGUCCUGAGAAGGCACAUCCUCUUCAACUCCAGGCAUUCGCAAAAGCCAUUAGUAAAAUGGAUGUAGGCUUGCCUAAACCUAAGCUCCAGCUCGUGGGUAGCUGUCGCAAUAAGGCAGAUGAAGAAAGACUACAAAAGUUGAAAGAGUUGGCUAUUAAGUUGAAGGUGGAAAAUGAUGUAGAGUUCCAUCAAAAUAUCAUAUACAGGGACUUGGUCAAACUUUUGGGAGCUGCCACUGCAGGUAUCCAUUCCAUGACGGACGAGCAUUUUGGCAUAAGUGUUGUGGAAUUUAUGGCUGCUGGUGCUAUUCCAAUAGCCCACAACUCAGCUGGUCCGAAGAUGGACAUUGUGCUGGAAGAAGAUGGACAGCAAACAGGAUUUCUUGCACAAUCCGAGAAUGAGUAUGCAGAAGCUAUUCUCGAAGUUUUGAGAAUGCCAGAGGCUGACCGGCUUAAGAUUGCAGCUGCUGCCAGGAAGCGAGCAAGCCGAUUUUCAGAGCAGAAAUUUUAUGAGGAUUUUAAGGCCUCAGUUCGACCAAUUAUAUGUCAAACUUCCUAAUCCCGAGUGAACAAAAUGAAUGAAAACAUAACUUUCGAGUUUUCGUCUUGUUGACAAACAGAUUAAGGUAGAGGAGCAACUACUACAUAGACAGUCAGUAAAGUUUGUCUAAUUGUAAGUUCCAUAGGUACCGAACACACUUGUGGAGUUUUAUGGGAGGCAGCAGAUCUGUCUCGCCGUGUAACUGGUGGCUAAUUUAAGGACAAAGUGAACAAAAGCUUUUUAUGUUA